GCGAUAUCGCGUGUUUCGUGGACCAAUGUACACUUUCGUUGCAUUCGCUUUUCGCGGUUUUUCUCUUUUUUAUUUCGCUUUCGAUCGUUCUCGUGGAAUUGAAUAAUAUCAAUACUUACCAUAUCAUAAUUAAUCAACAUUUUUAAUCAUUUUAUAAUUUCGUAAUUACUUACUUAUCUAGUCUUAUCGUGUUCGUGUAUCGUGUAGAAUAAGUUGACAACUUUCGGAUCGUGUUUGUCGUGGUGUCGUGUGGACUGUGUAUUUUUCGUGUACUUACAUUCGCCGGCUUUCUUCGAUUUGGAUUUAGGAGUUCCUCCAUCUUCAGCGAUAACAAAGACGGUUUGAAGAGAGCGUGGUACCCGGAGACCGAGGUUCGAUGCAAAUGAUCGUACUGUAAGCGGAUUUUUUCCAGUCGGUGUUUCGCGCGUCGAGUACCAUUGUACACAAUGGAUAAUUAUAUGGAGAAGUGAUUUUAUCGAGUUGCUCGGUUUUGGAAAGGAAAUUGAAAAUGACGUAAUCACGUCGUUGGAGAGGUACAAGUACACUGCGGAGAUAGAGGAGACUCGAGUGUGCCUCGAGUAAGAGGCAGAGGGGAGAUCAUCGGUUGAUAAUUUGGCUGAUCGGUCGUCCUCGAACCUCAUAUAGUCGAGAUGUCGGGUAUCACGAGCCAUUCGUCACCGACGAUGACGGAUUUCGCGACAUCACCCGGCGGCGGAUACUACGACAGCAGCGACGAGACAUCCAGCUUGCUGACCAAGCCGGCCAGCAACACGGUCAAACCAGUGUUGAUCCGGCAAGACUGCACUACGUCAUUGCUGUCACCAUCCGUCACUCCAGUGCUGGGAACGCCCGGAGUGAUGGGCACUAGCGACGAAAGCACCGGCACAAACGUCGGCAUAGAAGACGUGGGGGUCAGAUCUGUACCCGAUUUGGAGAUGCAGCAUUACCGCAGCUCAUCCUCGGCUGGAGGUAUCCGAUAUUCGACCGCCUCGGUUACCAGCUACCUGAUGCCAUCGUCUGCCAACCGAUGCUCGUGCGAAAGACGCCAAUCACAUUCGCUGGGGCGAUCGGCGUCUCGCGAAAGCGUCCGGUCUUCGCAACCACCCCCUACUGUGCUGCUGACCACUUCUCCAUCUUCCAGAAUCAUACGUCAAAGCUCCCAGCCCGAGACCACGUGUCCGGGACACUGUUGUCAUCAUUUGCAUCAUCACAGCAGCAGCACUCCGGGGCCUAGUUCGUCGCUGCGCCAGCUUCGCGAUCCUGCCGAUGGAAUCGCCGGUAUCGCCGCCGACUCGCUUAGAAUCAACGGAGCUAUUCGACAGUUUAAACAGGGCGGUAUCCUGCUCUGUCCUCAAACGUUGGCGCAGUCAAGACGCUCCCGUCUGCGAAGAGCGUUCACAGACGCUACAAAUGAAACUGUUUCUUUUGUCAAAACGCUCCGGAAGCCGGUGUCCACAUUGUCGAUUCCGGGUGCUAUGAAGACAGGUGGAGGAGCCACAGGGUCCGGCAGCGAAGAAGCGGCCAUUGCUUUAGUCGGAAUUAAAUCUGGUGAAUGCAGCGCCAGGUACAUCGAAGAACGUACUCCUCUUCAUAAAGGAAACAGCAUCGGCUCGAGCGGUAACAUCGGUUCCGGAGCACCUCCUGGUAAACACAAACCUAACGUCGGUUAUCGCCUGGGUAGAAGAAAAGCUUUGUUCGAGAAAAGGAAAAGGAUCAGCGAUUACGCCCUCGUAAUGGGAAUGUUUGGUAUCAUCAUCAUGGUGAUCGAGAACGAACUGUCGAGUGCCGGAGUCUACAACAAAGCCUCUUUCUACUCAACCGCCUUGAAAACACUUAUAUCCGUUUCUACUGUGAUCUUAUUAGGAUUAAUAAUGGCUUACCAUGCUCUAGAAGUACAGUUAUUUAUGAUUGAUAACUGCGCCGACGACUGGAGAAUAGCGAUGACGUGGCAAAGGAUAGCUCAGAUCACCAUGGAAUUGGUAAUUUGCGCAAUACAUCCAAUUCCCGGACAAUAUUAUUUCCUUUGGACGACGAAAUUAGCCAAUAAACAGGGAAAUAUCGCUUCUCAAUGGGUGCCUUAUGAUGUUACUUUAUCACUCCCAAUGUUCCUAAGACUGUAUCUUAUUUGUAGGGUAAUGCUUUUACAUAGUAAGUUAUUCACUGACGCUUCCUCUAGAAGUAUCGGAGCUUUAAACCGAAUUAAUUUCAAUACUAGGUUUGUGUUGAAGACAUUAAUGACUAUUUGUCCGGGCACCGUUCUUCUAGUUUUUAUGGUUUCUUUAUGGAUAAUCGCUAGUUGGACGCUCCGACAAUGUGAGAGGUUUCAUGAUGAAGACCAUGCUAAUUUGCUCAAUUCAAUGUGGUUCAUCGCAAUCACAUUUCUCAGUGUGGGGUUUGGCGAUAUUGUUCCUAAUACGUAUUGUGGGCGAGGAAUCGCAGUUACUACUGGCAUUAUGGGGGCUGGUUGCACGGCGUUAUUAGUGGCGGUUGUUUCGCGUAAAAUGGAGUUAACGAGGGCGGAGAAACAUGUACACAAUUUUAUGAUGGAUACUCAACUAACAAAAAGGCUGAAAAAUGCGGCGGCAAACGUACUUAGAGAAACAUGGCUCAUAUACAAGCAUACGAGAUUAGUCAAGAGAGUGAAUCCGGGCAGGGUGAGAACCCACCAAAGGAAAUUUCUUCUCGCAAUUUACGCGUUAAGAAAAGUUAAAAUGGACCAAAGAAAAUUGAUGGAUAAUGCAAAUACCAUCACUGAUAUGGCUAAGACUCAAAAUUCAGUAUAUGAAAUCGUAUCGGAUCUCAGUACGAGACACGAUAGCUUGGAGGAUCGAUUAGUUACCCUGGAAGACAAGAUGGCGACCCUCCAAGAGCAGUUGGAACUACUGCCUGAACUAAUAGCCAAACGAAUUCUGCAGCAGCAACAACAACAACGCGCUGCCGGAUUCAUUAGUAAUAGCUCAAGUAACGCUGCCACUAUAUUAGAAUCUAGACGAAACUUUUUACAUCCCGAGUACGCGAUAUCGCCUCAGAAGGCGGCCAUUUCGAUGCCUUCUUCGACGACCACGUCGUCAUUUUCGCCAUGUUCGAAUACGUCUACGCACAAUCAAAUUGUACAUAUGCCGCACAGCCAAAGUGUACCGCCGAGUUUACCGUCGAGUUUAUCGUCGAAUUCGCAAUACCAUUGGCCAACCAGCCCAAUAUUGCCGCCAAUUAGUAGUAGAACACCACACCUCGUCCCCGAACCAUUACAACCCAAUAGCUGAGAUCUCUCACUGUCGUUGUGUUACUUUUGUAGGGAACUUAUUUGCAGAAAUUUUGUAAUUUGUUACCAACUUAAAUUUGUAUUUUGUAAUUUUUAAAAAUGAAUCGACUAUGUAUUUUUUGUUUUUUUUUUCCUUUUACUUAUAUACGUGUAUUCUUUUUUUCGUGUUUUUUUUUAAAUUUUGUUUUCUGAUUUUGUAUAAAAAUUUAAUACGUACUAUAAGUAUACUUCGAUGUUUAUUUAAUUUUUACGGCAAUAAUGUCGCGUUGCGUUGUAUGUCAAAUCGCGGUGUGAUUCGUGAAUUUAUAUUGUAUUUGUCCGUGCGCCGCAUUAAUGUGCUAAUAUUGUUAUAUUUUUUCCUUCUUUCCCUGUUUUGUUUUUUUUUGUUUUUUUUUAUAUGUUAAUUGCUCUCGUAUUUAUCUGUAUAAUUGAUUUUUCGUGUAUUUUAUUAGGUGGUUAUUUUUUUUUUGUACGUAAUUUCACCCCGCUAUGUUAUAAUUUCAUGUUGUUUUUUUUUUUAUGAUACCUACAUACGAUUUGGAUCGGUGGAAAUCCAAGGAGAUUAAGGUUGAUAAUAGGUUUAGAAAUGUACGGUGGACAAUGAACAUUCCUUUCGAAGUUGGAAAUUUUGCGAAAACUAGACAUUCUUGAUUUUUUUUUCAUGUCUGGUUUCCUUUCAAAAAAGAAUUUUUAUCGCAGUUUUAUUUUUUAGAUUAGCUUCUCGUAAUUUUGCUCUUUUUUAAUGGUAUACCUAUGUACUUAUUUCAAUUGAAAAUGGAAAAUUAACAUCGUUUACCUACCUAUUUUUACACUGGAAAAACUCCUUGGAUUUUCUUACGAAUAUUUCGUAGCCAAUUUAUUUGUACGAUGAUGAGGUCUUCAGUGUUCUUUCAAGUUUUAUACUCGUCAAAGACGACUUAUUCGGAAAUUCGACUCGUUAGAUUUAAUACCUAUAAUUUUUUGUCUUCUUUGUUUACAACAUUGCAAAUGCUUUGAAUGGAUUUUUUCAA